AAAACUCAAUUGGGCUUUUGAAGUGUCAAAUCGUUUCAUCAUCUGUAACGGUACAAAACACCCAACGGCUAAAUUCAUUUCAUUCUUCCAAAAAAAAAAAAAAACACUCUCUGUCUUCUCUCUUCCAAAAACGUAACCUAACAGUAACAUACAAAAUCUGUUCAGUGUCUGUUUCACAACAAGACAAAAUUUUGAUGUUGUUUUCGUUGACCCAUUAUCGUGAUUAAGCAGAAAAACGCUUAAUUCAAUCAUGGGUGUUGGUGGUAAUUUCUGGGAGUUGUUGAAGCCCUAUUCACGCAAUGAAGGUUUUGAUUUCUUGAGAAACAAGCGAGUUGCUAUUGAUUUAUCGUUUUGGAUUGUUCAGCAUAACAAUGCUAUCAAAACCCAUGUCAAGAAACCUCACCUCAGACUCACUUUUUUUCGGACGAUUAAUCUCUUUUCUAAGUUUGGAGCGUUUCCGGUGUUCGUUGUUGAUGGGACUCCGUCGCCGUUGAAAUCACAGGCCAGGAUUGCUAGAUUUUUCCGGUCUUCUGGAAUUGAGUCGACUAGCUUGCCGGUUGCUGAAGAAGGUGUUUCAGCUGGGAGGAACAGUACAUUUUCAAGAUGUGUUCAAGAGUGUGUGGAACUUGCUAAGCUACUUGGGAUUCCUGUACUGAAGGCUAAAGGAGAAGCUGAGGCACUCUGUGCCCAAUUAAAUAGUGAAGGUCAUGUAGAUGCAUGCAUCACACCUGACAGUGAUGCAUUCCUCUUUGGGGCGAAAUGCAUUAUAAAAUCAUUCUCUCCCAACUCAAAAGAACCUUUUGAAUGCUACAAUAUGUCAGAUAUUGAAGCUGGGCUUGGAUUGAAGAGGAAACACCUAAUAGCUAUCUCUCUUUUGGUUGGAAAUGAUCAUGAUUUGAGUGGUGUUCAAGGGAUCGGAAUUGAUAGUGCUCUUCGUUUUGUUCAAGCUUUUGGUGAAGAUGAUAUAUUGAAUAGAUUACAUGAGAUAGGCAAAGGGAAUGCUUUUCAAGUUCCUAUCGACAUUAAAGCUGAGGAAAAUAUGGAUAUUGAUGGGAACUCCCCAAAUACAAAACAAACUCACUGCUCAUUCUGUGGGCAUCCAGGCAACAAAAGAGAUCAUAUGAAGUUUUCAUGUGAAUUUUGUGUCGCGGAUGACAAUGAAGGUUGCUUGAAAAAACCAGAGGGUUUUAAAUGUGAUUGCAACUCUUGUUGUAUGAAUAGGAAACAUAAGGAGCAGAAAAAGAUGGAAAAUUGGCACACAAAAAUCUGUGACAAGAUUGCAAAGGAGCCAAAUUUUCCAAAGGAUGAAAUCAUUGAUAUGUAUCUAUGCAAUGACAAUGGUUACUUUUCCGCGAAUGAUGGACCUCAGAUCUCAUGGGAAAGACCGAAUAUGGACCUUCUGGUUGAUUUUUUAAACUUCCAUCAGAACUGGGAUCCGUCAUACAUUCGGCGGAUUAUGUUUCCUAUGAUGUCAACCAUCUUCUUGAGAGAAAUGGCUACAACUCCAACCGAUAGUUUGCUAUUUGGGCAGUUUGAGUUUGCUUCUUUAAAACGUGUGAAGACGAGAUACGGAUAUCAGUUUUACGUUGUCAAGUGGAAACGUGCAAUGGGAAAUAUUGCCUCUAAAACUCCAGCAAAUAAAUCUGGCAUGCAAGAAGAUGUUAUAGAGCUUGAUGUUGAUGAAACAGUGGAUCUACUAGACGAUUGCGAUUUUCCCCAGAUUUGUGAAGAAGAUGGAUGUAGUUUUCUCUUGACAGAUGAAAAUAUGGACCUUGUUGGGGCUGCUUACCCAGAAGAAGUGAAAAGGUUCCGGCAGGAACAGGAAUUGAAGGACGUGAAACGAAAAAAGAAUCCGACCUCAAUAUCUCAAGAAAACGAAAAGUCCUCAACAUCACCAAACUCAAAAGGUGUCCAGCUAAAUAUUACAGAGUUCUUCCCAACAACCAAAAGUAAACAUAAUCCAAAACAUGGAGAAGAGUCAUCAUCCAAUAAAAAUGACAACCAAGACAGCGGAGGCUCAAAACCAAAGAGGAAAUCGUCAAGUCCUAAUAUUCCAAAAUCUGUUAGGCGUCGCCUUUUGUUUGACUAGUAGUGUGUAUAAAAUAUGCUUUUGAGCAUUGGAUCUCUAAUAUGAUAUUAACUAAUUUUUUUUUCUUGAUAGAGAUAUUAACUGAGUGUUGAAAAGGUGACAACAGACCCUUUUAAUUUUGUGUUCAUGACCAAGGGCAGUUAGUUCAGUGUGUAUGUGUAGUUAACAAUUAGUUUGGAAUAAUAUCAUCAGUUUCUGUUUCUGUCUCUGUUAUUGACAUCAAAUUUAUAAGAGGACAGCUACAAUUCCUUUUGCAUGCUUGCAUGCUUAA